AGAAGCUCGCCGGUACCACUUCUGACACGACCGCCUGGGUUACCAACGUCGGCAAUGAGCACAGGCAGGUCCUCAUGAGUGUCCUCACCUACUCCGAGGGCCUGUCUCCCAUGGCGGUCGGAUUAAUGAGGCGGUACCGACUCACCAGGGUACCUCCCCCCCAGCUCAUGUAUGUGGAUCGCGACUGCUGCAACAGGGACGGCGUGUCGAGGACAGCUGCCUUGUUUCAGGAGUGGGGGAGGGGAAGCACGGGAUGGUCGGCCCCACCGACGCUGAGGUGAUAAAGAUCUCCCAGAAGAAGUGGAGGCUCCACUGCCAUCGUCGGACGUUGGGCCAAGGAGACAGCGCUCCUCAUCCAGGACCUUCUGGAGUACGCAGAGGUGCCACUUCAGCUGCAUACAGGACCCACCGGGUGUGCAGCUCUACACAGAGACCGGCAGGCUGACAAAGGGCGGAGUCAGCUUGCCGGUUUACCGCUGCGCGAGGGGCUCCACGUCUCUGGAGUCCUUCCACAUCAACCGGUUCAUCCCAGGGACACGUGCUUCUGGGAAGUACUUCCAGGAGUUCCUGGUUGAUGGACUGGCGAGCUGCACCACCGGUUGCGGCUGAGGAACGAGUGGCACCUCAAGCACGUCCUUAACCAGAAGAAGAUGUCGAGGAGGACCCCACCAUCUUCGAGCCCGAUGCCAGUACAGCGGCAGCAGCCCGGUCAGGUGAUCCCAGGGGAGGGGUCCUCCACCUCCGACCCCCAAGGCUGCCAAAACCUGGCCUGCAAAAGGCAGAAGAAGGAGGCGUCGGCCCAGAUCAAGCGCCUGAGAAAGUUGCAGGCUCAGCAUCAGCCAUCUUCCUCCUCGGAAGACCAAGAGGAGCCCCAACAGCAGCCGCAGCCCCAGAAGAAGCAGCCCUGGCCAUCAGAGGGUCCCGAUGGCCAGCCUGGAUAUCAACAUGUCCUGAAGCUGGCCACGGCCCUGGUGGAAGUCAGGAGCCUUCAGGGACUCUCUGACACUGCUCACUGCUCUGGAAUCACCUGCCAGAGCAGGACAAGCAGCGAGUCGUCUACCCUCCCAGACAGGGAGAGACGGGAGAGGCUGCACAGGGGAAGAACACCUCCUGUCCUGGGAAGGAGAGUCUCCAGCGCUGCCUGCUCUGACCGACCUCGGGCCCUGCAAGCUGGCCCAGCGCCAGCCGCCUGGUGGAGGCCAUUUACAGCCAGCUCUGGCGUCUUCACCUCGCAGCCACACUGUUUGGAGGGACCACAAGGACUCGGUGGUCCCUCAUCCUCUCCGACUACGUGGCUAUUAGAGAGGCAGUGCUGGCCAGCCCGAGGUUGAUGGCUCAGACGGACAUCCAGCUCUUUGAGCUAAACCAAAGGACCCUGUCCCAGUGGUUCUGCCGGAGGCAGAAGGAGAGGGGGAGGUCUGUGCUGGAGCAGGGGACAGGCCUCGUCUCUGCUCCAGCUGUGUCUGUGCACCCUCUGCUUCCGGCAAAAGGGCUGUCCUGUGUUCAGGUGGGACAAGGACAGCCCUUCUACUUCCAGAUCCCGGAAAAGCAGCAGCCUGGGCCCUCAACCCAAGGACUGCCGCCCCCUCCUCCAGGCCACACCGUGGACCAUCCCGGGACCUCUGCUCUCCCUCCGCCUCCUCCUCUUCCUGUAGUGCAGCAGAUACCGAGAACAACGGCCUACAGGAAGAGGAAGGCGGCCCAGGCUGUUGGGGCAGGGCUCACAUGCCCACCGACAAAGGCCCGUCGGCAGUCGGGGCAGUACACCUGCAGCAGGUGUGGCCGGCUAAAAAGAAUAGAGACUGGCCACACCCGCAUCG